GAAGAAUCAAGUUGACUGUUGGGGUUGAGCUCACACAGACACUCAAUAACCAAUUCGAUGGGGUUAGAUCAAAUCAAAGUACUGACUCAAACAAACUAUUUAACCAAGCUUUCUUUUCUUUACUUUCUUUCUUGUUCUUUUGCUUUCUUUCUUUGAUUAAGUUUAAAUUGAAUGAUGAAUUAUUUAAAUAAAUUACAUCAAGCACUCUUAUCAAUCAACUCAACUCAACCUAUUCUCAUCAAUAAUCAUCAUCAUCAUCAGAAAUCAAAUCAUUCAAUCGGUACUGCAACUCCAUUAGUAGGUCCAUCUCGUCAUCAUCAUCAUCAUCAUCAUCAUGGUACCACUAAAAGAGCAAGUGUGGCUAUCAUUAUUCGAAUUAAACCUGAUUCAAGUUCAACAACAACUACUUCAUCAUCAUCAAGUUCACCUUCAUCUUCAACUUCUUCAAUCAAUUCAACUCCAGAUCAAAACCCAUCACUAAACUUUAUCCAACAAACCCAACUAAAACCUAAUCUUUCAAUCCCAAUCCAUCAAUCAAAUCCAACCCAAAACCUCACUUCAACUCUAAACGAAUCCUUUUCAAACCCAUGCCUUCAAUCUUCAUCAACACCAGAAAUCUUAUUCAUCAAACGAUCCAGCAGAUCCAACGAUCGUUGGUCAUCACACCUAGCCUUUCCCGGUGGAAGAAUGGAACCAGAAGAUGAAGAUACUCAGUUUUGUGCAUUACGAGAGACGUUUGAAGAAGUAGGUAUCGAUUUAGCAGAAGAAGAUUAUCUUUUGAUUGGUCAAUUAGAUGAUCGAGAGAUCACCACUUCAUUAGGUAAACGAUUACUAAUGAUCUUAAGUAGUUUUGUUUAUCUUUACACAAAACCAAGUCAAGAUGAUCAUGAUCCUAAACUAGAAAUCGAUUCGGAUGAAGUAGCUUCAGCUUAUUGGGUUCCUAUCGAUCAACUCUUAGGUCAUCAAGUUCGUUGGGGUGAAGUCGAAAUCAAUGUUUCUACUCGAAUCUUACCUACCAAACAUUCCUUCAUCAAAUCGAUCUUAAGUGUUUUAUUAGGAAACAUGAAGUUUCCUUCAAUCUUACUUAAAGACCAUCCUUCAAUUGUAGCUUCUUCUCCAAACUCACCUUCAAGAACUUACCAUGAAACCUCAAAAAAUCCAAAACCAGAUCUUGACCUUUGGGGCAUUACUCUUGGUAUCACACUUGAUUUAAUGUCAUUCAUUGCCGAUCCUCAGUUUGCAUCAACUGGACGACAUCACCAAAAACCAAUAAACCAUCAAUCAUCCAUCGCUACCUCCACUCCAAUCCUUACACCAAACAGUACACCAUCACUCUUCAGAUCACCUUCGAUCUCUCGUCUUGAUCAUCUAAACGCCCCACCCGAUGAAAUGACCAUCUCAGCACCCAGCAUCACCAGUAUCUUCCCUAGAUUCACUUAUCCAGAUGUGAACGCUCUGAUCUGGCUCUUAGGCGGACGGUAUCGAAAUUUACUUCGUAGCUGGCAACCCGCUCACCAACGUCAUCCUCGUUCUCGUUCUACCCUUGCCCUUACUGCAUUCUACACGGCCGUACGGAAAGCUUUGAUGGUAGCGGUCAUCUUGAGGUUUUUAAGUUUGAUCGGAUUCUUGGUUUUCGUCUUUAAGCGUCUUUCAAGAUCUCGGACUCGAGUUUGGAUGAUCGUUUCACGUUUAUUAAAGUUAAUCAAACCUAUCAAUUAAUAAUCUUUUUUUCAUCAAACUCUUUGAUCUCUUUAUAAUGAACAUUUUUAUCUUGAGCUUUCUUUAGUUUUGAAGGUUUUGUAAACAAAAACAUGUGUGUAUUUAUGAAUCUUUUGCUUUAUUCUUACAUCAAUAUUACCAUAAUAAAAAAAAAUGAUCAAACUUG